CCCCGGCGGAGGCUCCGGCACGCCGCAAGAGCAGGGGGCGUGGCCUGGGCUUCUCCGACCCGGGGCUGGGGAGCCUCCUGCACUGGGACCCCGGUGACACUUUGGGCUCCCUCCUUGCAGGAGCAGGCGGGGCAGCCAUGCUCCUGGCUGGGGGCGACCCUCCCGCGCAGGAAUGGGUCAUGGUGCAGAUCAAAUCGAAGCCCCGGGUGCAGCGACAGCGGCUGCAAGUACAGCGCAUCUUCAGGGUCAAGCUGAACGCCUUCCAGAGCCGCCCGGACAGCCCCUACUUCUGGCUGCAGCUCGAGGGGCCCAGGGAGAACAUGGGCAAAGCCAAGGAGUACCUGAAGGGCCUGUGCAACCCAGAGCUGUGGAAGGAGGUUCGCUACCCACCAGCCCUGCACUGCACCUUCCUUGGGGCCCAGGGCCUUUUCCUCGACUGCCUCUGCUGGAGUACCCUGGCCUACCUGGUGCCCGGCCCCCCUGGCUCCCUAAUGGUGGGCGGGCUGACCGAGUCUUUCAUCAUGACCCAGAACUGGCUGGAGGAGCUGGUGGGGCGACUGCGCUGGGGCCCUGCCCCUCUGUUUACCCCCCGGGGGAUCUGGGAGGCUGAGGUGACCCGGGCCUUUGGGGCUUUGAUCUGGAUCCGUGGCGACCAGCAUGCAGGGGAACUGCUGCAGCUGCCCCCCGCGGUCCAGGAGCUGCUGCUGAGUCUGGUGCAGGAUGCUGCGGGCAAGGAGGACAUCAUCGAGUGGCUCAGUCGCAUCAGCACCUCCAACGCCCGCUCCAACCCAGAGGUCCUGAUCUGCCUUCCCCACCAGCAGAAGGAAGGCUUGUCCAUGACGUCUGUGGGAGAUGGUCCUGGGCCCUUGCUGGAGAUGAGGGCCAUCCAGAACGGGAGCACAGAAAACUCAAAGAGAUUAACCAGCCUGGGAGCUACCUCAGGACAGAACACACAGCAGGAGACAGCAAACCAGCUGGUGCGGGUCGGUUCCAACCACCAAAGUGAAUCGGACAGUGCUUGUAAGGAAGGGCCGGUGCCAGCCGCCAGCAGCCAGGAUCCUGCGAUCCACUCACAAGCCUUGUUGCAGCAGAGGCAGGUCCAGAGGGUGGAUGACAAACUCCCCUUCCAGCCUCCAGUGUCGGCCCUGGGUGUGUGUCCAUCUUGGAAGGCCUGGGCCCCAGGGCCAGCCUUUGGGCCCUUGUGGCCAGGGACUAUUGCUGCAACCUUCUGGAGGAUCAACGAACUGCAUUCUCUCCACCUGGCCUGGCUCCUGUCCCAGGCGUGCUUCAGUCUCCCCUUCUGGCACAGGCCGCUGGGCCCCAUUCAGUUCAAGCUGCCAGGGCAGAGUCCCUUGCCCUUAAACCUGGAGUGGAAGCAGAAGGAGCUUGUUCCUUUGCCCAGUGUGGAAAGCCCAGAUUGUAGAACGGAAGUGGGGCCAGGAGGAGAGGCAGCCCUACAGGACUGCUCAAGGGCAGAGACCUCCCCAAAAGUCAUGAGUUUAUUGGUGGUCUCAGGGAGCUCGGCUGUAAAGGACAAAGCUAGCCCAGGACUUCCACAGGUAGGGCCACCUUUGACCUCUACACCCCAACUCGAAGCUGGAAGUGAGCUGGGGGACCAAGAAAGGGUACAGUGGAAUUGUAAGGGGCCAGAAGGAGGGCCCGUUCCAGUGCUGCUGACAGGGCAAGGGGUGCCUGCAACUCAAGGGGAACCUGUGGAUCAAGGGAGGCUGACAGCUCAGUCAGUACCUGACGCUCAGACAGUGCCUGAUACUCUUGAAGUGCCCGUGACUGCCCCAGCGCUCACAGCACAAACUGCACCCACAAACCCAGUGCUGCCUCCAGCCCCCAAAGUGCCUACAGCCCAGAUGAUGCCGGCAGUGCACUCAGAAUCUGCAGCCCCCAAAGUGCCUUUGGCUCCCACAAAGCCAGCAGCUCACAGGGGGCCCACAGCUCAAAAGGCAGCCGUGGGUCAACUGGCAUUGGCAGCUCAAGUGGUACCUGCAGCUCAGAAAAUGCCUGCAGCCAAAACAUCACCUGCGGGUCCCAAAACAUCGAAAGCUCAAAGUGGGCCUGCAGCUAAAACAGGGUCCACAGCUCCCAAAGCACCUGCGGCCCCCAAAGCACCUGCGGCUCCCAAAGCCUCCAGAGCUCCGAAAAUGCCUGCAGCUCAGAAGGCGCUCACAAAUCCAGGGCCGGCCUUGGAUGCAGCCAAGCUCCUGAGAGAGGUCCAGCCUUCCUCAAGGGGCAGUGCUUCCUUCCCAAAGGGCAAGGGGGAGGCCAGGAGGCAGGGCCUCCAAUCCAGCAGCACUUUGGCUCCCAGUAGUAAGCAGCCCUCUCAGGUGGGUGGGCUCCUGGGGGCUUGGGAGGGGGCCCCGAGGCAGCCACCUCGACAACCGCAGGCAAAUAGCACAGUGACCAGCUUUCAGAGGUACCACGAGGCCCUGAAUACACCCUUCGAGCUGAACCUGUCGGGAGAGCCUGGGAACCAGGGGUUGCGGCGAGUGGUCAUUGAUGGCAGCAGCGUGGCCAUGGUGCACGGCCUUCAGCACUUCUUCUCCUGCCGUGGCAUUGCCAUGGCCGUGCAGUAUUUCUGGAACCGGGGACACCGAGAGGUCACUGUGUUUGUACCCACCUGGCAACUGAAGAAGAACCGGAGGGUGAGAGAGAGCCACUUUCUGACGAAGCUCCAUUCCCUCAAGAUGCUUUCCAUCACCCCCUCCCAGCUGGAGAAUGGCAAGAAGAUCACCACCUAUGAUUACAGGUUCAUGGUGAAGCUGGCAGAGGAGACAGAUGGCGUCAUUGUCACCAACGAGCAGCUUCACAUCCUGAUGAAUAAUUCCAAGAAACUGAUGGUCAAAGAUCGCCUGCUGCCCUUCACCUUUGCGGGAAAUCUCUUCAUGGUGCCCGAUGACCCCCUGGGCCGUGAUGGCCCCACCCUGGAUGAGUUUCUGAGGAAGCCAAACAGGUUGGACACCGACAUCGGCAACUUCCUGAAGGUGUGGAAGGCUCUUCCUCCCAGCUCAGCCAGCAUCUCUGAGCUGAGUGACACCGCUGAUCCAAGGCCCCUGGAGAGUCCUCAGAAAGUGGAAGAAGUCAGGGAGGAGAAGAAGGAGGGGCAGGAUGAAGAGCCGAAAGAGAGGCAGGACGAGGACGAGGAGCCCAGGGAGGGCCAGGGCACGCAGAGGCCAGCUGAGGUAGAGGACCUGGACUCCUCGCUGGUGUCGGUGUUCAGGGCUGAGUGCCCUUCCCUCUCAGAGGAAAUCCUCCGGUGCCUCAGCCUCCAUGACCCAACUGAUGGAGCCCUUGACAUUGAUCUCCUUCCCGCGGUGGCUUCUCCCUCCCUAGGCAUCCCCUGGGAUGGGCAGGCUCCCUGCCAGCAGGUUCUUGCCCACUUGGCCCAGUUGACCAUCCCCAGCAACUUCACCGCACUCUCCUUCUUCGUGGGAUUCAUGGACUCCCACCGGGAUGUCAUCCCUGACUACGAAGCCCUUGUGGGCCCCCUACACAGCCUCCUCAAGCAGAAGCCAGACUGGCAGUGGGACCAGGAGCAUGAGAAGGCCUUCCUGGCCCUGAAGCGAGCCCUGGUGUCUGCCCUCUGCCUGACGGCCCCCAACCCCCAGCUACCCUUCCACCUGGAGGUGACAGUGAGCCAGGUGGCCCUGACGGCCACUGUCUAUCAGGAGCACUCAGGGAGGAAGCACCCCAUUGCCUAUACCUCAAAACCCCUCCUCCCUGACGAGGAGAGUGAGGGCCCCCAAUCGGGGGGAGACAGCCCCUACGCUGUGGCCUGGGCGCUCAAGCAUUUUUCCCGCUGCAUUGGAGACACCCCAGUGGUCCUGGACCUUUCCUAUGCUGCUCGCUCCACAGUGGACCCUGAGGCGUGGGAGGGCCGCAGGGUGUCGAAAGCGUGGUUGAUCCGAUGGUCCCUCUUGGUACAGGACAAAGGCAAGAGGGCCCUGGAACUGGCCCUUCUCCAGGGCCUGCUGGGGGAAAACCGGCUGCUGACUCCCGUAUCCUCCAUGCCUCGUUUCUUCCAGGUUCUGCCUCCUUUUUCUGACCUGUCCACGUUUGUCUGCAUCCACAUGUCAGGCUACUGCUUUUACCGUGAGGACGAGUGGUGUGCUGGCUUUGGUCUCUAUGUCCUGUCUCCCACCAGCCCGCCUGUCUCCCUUUCCUUCUCUUGCUCGCCUUAUACACCAACCUAUGCCCACCUGGCUGCAGUGGCCUGUGGCCUGGAGCGCUUUGGCCAGUCCCACCUCCCUGUGGUUUUCCUCACACACUGCAACUGGGUCUUCAGCCUCCUCUGGGAACUCCUGCCCCUGUGGAGGGCCCGGGGCUUCCUGUCCUCCGAUGGGGCCCCACUACCUCACCCGAGCCUGCUCUCCUAUAUCAUAUCCCUCACCUCUGGCCUCCCAUCCCUUCCGUUCAUCUACCGAACCUCCUACCGUGGCUCCCUGUUUGCUGUGACGGUGGACACCCUGGCCAAGCAGGGUGCACAGGGGGGCGGGCAGUUUUGGAAUUUGCCAACGGAUGUGCCAGUUCCCAUGGUGUCUCCCCUUACUGUGGGCAAGAGGCCUAACUUGCUGGCAUUACAACUAAGUGACGGCACCCUGGCAGAUAUCAUUGCCAAGCUGCAGGCUGGGCAGAAAUUGUCUGGCUCCUCACCCUUCAGUUCUGCCUUUAACUCACUCAGCCUGGACAAGGAGAGUGGCCUGCUUCUGUUCAAGGGAGAUAAGAAGCCCAAGGUCUGGGUAGUCCCGAGGCAGCUCCGGAGGGAUCUGAUUUUCUCCGUGCAUGACCUCCCCGUGGGGUCCCACCAGAGGCCGGAGGAGACCUACAAGAAGUUGCGGUUGUUGGGGUGGUGGCCUGGGAUGCAGGAGCAUGUUAGAGAUUAUUGCAGGAGCUGCUUGUUCUGCAUCCCCCGAAAUCUUGGCAGUGAGUUGAAGGUUAUUGAGUCCUUGUGGCCCCUCAGGUCGACUGCCCCCUGGUCGAACCUGCAGAUUGAGGUGGUGGGCCCGAUCACUGUGAGUGAGGAGGGCCACAAACACGUUCUGAUUGUGGCUGACCCCAACACCAGGUGGGUGGAAGCAUUCCCGCUGAAGCCCUACACGCACAUGGCCGUGGCCCAAGUGCUGCUGCAGCAUGUGUUUGCAAGGUGGGGUGUUCCCGUGAGGCUGGAGGCUGCCCAGGGUCCCCAGUUUGCCCGGCAUGUUCUGGUGAGCUGUGGGCUGGCCCUGGGAGCCCAGGCUGCCUCGCUGUGUAGAGACCUCCAGUUCCCUUGCCUGACGAGCUCAGGGGCCUACUGGGAAUUCAAGAGGGCUCUCAAGGAGUUUAUCUUCUUGCAUGGCAAGAAGUGGGCAGCUUCCCUGCCCUUGCUGCACCUGGCCUUCAGGGCCUCCUCCCUCCAGGCCACACCAUUCCAAAUCCUGACUGGGGGUCCAGAGAGGCUGAUGGAACCCCUGUGGUGGGAGAUGAGUUCUGCAAAUAUUGAAGGGCUCAAGAUGGAUGUCUUCCUGCUGCAGCUGGUGGGGGAGCUGCUGGAGCUCCACUGGAGGGUGGCCGACACAGCCAGCGAAAAGGCAGAGAACAGGCGUUUCAAGCGGGAGAGCCAGGAGAAAGAGUGGAAUGUGGGCGACCAGGUCCUCUUGCUGUCCCUCCCCAGGAAUGGCAGCAGUGCCAAAUGGGUGGGUCCCUUCUAUAUUGGGGACCGGCUGAGCCUGUCUCUCUACAGGGUCUGGGGCUUCCCAACCCCGGAGAAGCUUGGGUGCAUCUACCCCAGCAGUCUGAUGAAGUCCUUUGCCAAGACCGGCACCCCCCUGUCCUUCAAGGUCUUGGAGCAGUGAGUCGAAUCAGUGAAGGGGGGGCCAUACCCCCAGGGUCCUGGGCUGCUGCUGCUAGGCCUCCCCCUCCCCCCACCAGUACUCCUUUCAAAGCCACCCUGGGGGCCUCCAUUGUGCCUUUUGUGAAGUUACUUCAUAAAGCUUUGCUGAAUUGCCUUGAACUGGGAACUAGUGUCCCUGUGGGAGAAUCUGCUGUCAGAUAUGGGCCUCUGGCAGUUUCACCUGGGGGACUGCAAAGUCCCCUUACUGAGGUAGGCCAGGCUCAGCGUCUUUCCCCAAGCAUCCCCUUCACCCUGUCACACACGUGCAGGUGUACACUCAUAGACACGCACAUGCACACCCAGAGCCUGACUUCUGGCUACCAAGUCAAGAAACAGUGUGGUUCAGGACCUCAGGCCUGGAACCACACUCUCCUCUCUUAAACAGAAACCUCAAAUGUAGACUCCUCUCCCCCAGUCUUCAAGUGGGGACCCUUUGCCCUUGAAGUUGUCACAGUUGACGCAAGUCCAUGCAGGCUAUGGAGAGGCAGCCUGUUCCCAGUCUCAUGGUCAGUUUUCUCAGGCCAGGUGAGGCCUACCCAGCUGUCAAGGAAGGGCUGGCAGUCGGGCCCCCCUAGACUCAGAGCUGGGGUAGGAGGGUGGCCAGCCAUGGAUGAGUUUGUCAGCACAAAAAGGCAAGGGGGAGACCGAGUCAGCCUACCUCAUUGAACUCCAGCCAAUGGAGACAACCCUGACCCCUGCUGUGAUGGUAUCAACCGCACAGGAAUCAAGGAUCUCGAUGCCAAGUGUGGCGUCUCUACCUGAAGAGCUGCUUCAAUGAGGCCAAAGGGCCCAGGCCUCUCUUUGAAGAGGGGAGGGUGUCUGAGAUGAGCAGCGUGGCAGACAAUGAGGUGCUGAUGUGGCUCUACCUCCCAGCCCCACUCCAAAGCCCACACAGCCCUCCUCCCACCUCCACUGUACCUUACAUCCCCCCCCCCAUAGUGUGUGACUGCUGUGGUUGGAUCACUCUCCCCUGCCCCCAUUCCCUGGACCUGCUUUCUACGUAGAGCAAAAUCUGGGUCUGCCAGAGAACUCUGCAACGAUCAUGCUUACAGCAAGAGUGAGUUCUCAUAAGUGUGUGUGCUUACACUCACUCUGAUUUGCUGCUGCUGCUAACAAAAUAAACUCCAGUGAAGGCCAGCACUGUAUCCCUCUGGCUGGGCCUCUCUUAUUUCUCCAAAGCUGAGCCAGUCUCCUGGCCUAGCUCAGGCUGUCAACACACUUGGCAUUGCAAGAGCCAGAAUAGAAUCUGCCAUAGAGUCUAAUGUGAUAUUUUACAGCCAAAGAAAUGCCCAGAGAGGAGAAGUGACUUACCUAAAGUCACACAGCUAGUUUGCAGUUGAGCUGGGACUGGGAUUAAGUUUCCUGACCCUCAGUUCACCAUGGACAGGGUUCUGGUGACAGGUGCAAGUGAGAGAAUCCCUCCAAAUCCCACAUUCAUAUUCCCGCCAGCUCCUCAUCUCCCAUAUCUUAUAGAUAAACUACUAGAUGUUGCCCUGAAACCAUUUCCAGCUGCUCUGUCCAGGAAAGAAUGGGAGACAUGAGAAAUUGAAAGGUGAGCUGUAGGAGCUUUAGCAGAGACCUUCCUUUCUUCCCCUCCCCACUUUUCCUCCCGCUCCCUCUAUGGUAUGGCCAACCUCAUUCUCCCUCCCCAGUGCUAUACCCAUUCCCCAUGCUAACCACAUUUAUGAUCUUACACCUUUUUAUUUUUCAUUUGAUU